CAGUUGUUCAACGGAUUCCGGAAAGUAUAGUACUCAAUAUUUAAGUAUGAACAAAAAAAUGUCAAUUGUGUUGCUUCUGCUGGUCGGUUGCUCUCUCCAGAGAGUUACCUCACAGGAUCCGACUCCGACAAGUGCAACUCCGACAACAGUUAGCACAGCUCCGACAACGAAAGCUCCAUUUUCAACAUGUACCACAUACGGCGGAAUGCCUGUCGAUCUGAAAGCUCUUUCGGGCUAUUGGUACGAGGUUGCACGUUCCCCCGAUUUGGAUGAGAGUGUAUGCCAGAAUUAUACCUUUCCGGCCAGCCCCAAUGCGGAUAAUAAGCUCGAAAUACAGACGGAGUACGUAAGCACCGACGACAAUAAACGGGAACCCAUGAAAGAGUCAGGUCUGUUACCCUGGGAUUCCAACUCUCAGCAUGGCAUUUUCAAUUGGAAUAUUGGCGAGUCCGUUCAGAUGUCUGUCACCUACAAAUUGCUCGACACCGAUGCCACAUCAUAUGCACUAUUCUGUGGCUACAUUGGCAUCGCACCCGUGCCCCUUUUCAAGGUUCUGACACGCAAGCGAGAGCUGAUUACGGAGGAGAAAAAUAAGGUGCAGCAGAAAUUCAACACUUUUGUUGAUAAACAAUUGAUCUGGAUUGAGCAGUCUGAUGAAAAAUGCAACUCUGCAAUGCGAUCAGCUGGUGGAUUCAUUGUGGCUCUAGCUUUGGUUCUGCUUAUCCGCCAAAGAAACCACUAAAAUAGGAAUGGAUGUUUUUUAAUAAAGGAGUUUUGAGUUUAAAUGAAAUUAUAAAUAAAUUAUUAAAUUAGUUCAAGAAGCAA